AUGGCUUUCCAUGCGGAGGGGCUGGUGGCCAUAGUUGUAUUCUACCUGGCUAUCCUGGCAGUUGGGAUAUGGGCUGCUUGGAAAACCAAGAAUACCGGCAGUGAAGGAGAUCGCAGCGAAGCUAUUAUAGUCGGUGGAAGAGACAUUGGCUUGCUAGUUGGUGGAUUUACGAUGACCGCCACAUGGGUUGGAGGAGGUUACAUCAAUGGGACAGCAGAAGCAGUGUAUGUCCCAGGCUACGGUCUAGCUUGGGCUCAGGCACCUAUCGGAUACUCCCUUAGCCUGGUUUUAGGUGGCCUUUUUUUUGCAAAACCCAUGCGAUCCAAAGGCUAUGUGACAAUGCUAGACCCUUUUCAGCAGCUUUAUGGAAAAAGGAUGGGAGGGCUACUUUUUAUUCCAGCUUUAAUGGGAGAAAUGUUUUGGGCCGCUGCCAUCUUCUCUGCCUUAGGUGCCACUAUAAGUGUGAUCAUUGACAUUAAUGUCAAUAUUUCAGUCAUUAUUUCUGCCCUAAUUGCAACUAUGUACACGCUUGUGGGUGGGCUGUAUUCUGUGGCCUACACUGAUGUAGUUCAGCUCUUCUGCAUCUUCCUGGGACUGUGGAUCAGCGUACCCUUUGCUAUGUCCCACCCUGCAGUGACAGACAUUGGGCUCACGGCUGUGCACCAGGUGCACCAAGCACCUUGGCUUGGAUCUAUCAACUCACUUGACAUUUACACAUGGCUGGACAAUUUCCUUUUGCUGACAUUAGGAGGAAUCCCAUGGCAAGCGUAUUUCCAGCGAGUUCUUUCCUCGUCUUCUGCCACGUAUGCUCAAGUUCUGUCAUUUCUGGCUGCUUUUGGCUGUCUUGUGAUGGCUCUUCCUGCAGUACUCAUUGGUGCAAUUGGAGCAUCUACAGCUUGGAACGAGACUGAGUAUGGUGUCCCUGACCCCAUGACUAAAAAAGAAGCAGAUAUGAUUUUACCGAUCGUACUCCAGUACCUUUGUCCAGUCUAUAUCUCAUUCUUUGGCCUUGGCGCUGUAUCUGCUGCCGUGAUGUCAUCAGCUGACUCUUCAAUUUUAUCAGCAAGUUCUAUGUUUGCUCGGAACAUUUACCAGCUUUCCUUUCGGCAAAAUGCUUCAGACAGGGAAAUCGUGUGGGUCAUGAGAAUCACUGUUUUUCUGUUUGGAGCAUCAGCAACAGCAAUGGCACUGCUAGCUUCCUCAGUGUACGGCCUGUGGUACCUCAGCUCUGAUCUUGUUUAUAUCAUCAUAUUCCCCCAGCUCCUGUGUGUGUUGUUUAUUAAAGGAACCAACACCUAUGGUGCCAUUGCAGGAUACUUAUUUGGCCUUGUUCUCAGAAUAACCGGAGGAGAACCGUACCUCUACCUUCAGCCCUUGAUCUACUAUCCUGGCUGCUAUCCAGAUGAAAAUAAUAUCUAUAUCCAGAGGUUCCCAUUUAAAACACUUGCUAUGCUUACCUCCUUCUUUACUAACAUUAUAGUCUCCUACUUAGCCAAAUACUUAUUUGAGAGUGGGACUUUGCCACCAAAGCUGGACUUCCUUGAUGCUGUUGUUGCCAGGUAUAGCAGAGAACACAUGGACAAAGCAACUCUUGUAAAAAGUGACAAUAUUGUAUUAAAUGAACUUGCGCCUGUGAAUCCACGACACAGUCUAACUUUGAGCUCAACUUUCACAAACAAGGAAGCUUUCAAUUAUGUUGAUUCCAGUCCAGAACUGUCCAACACUGAAGAUGAUAAUUAA